AUGGACAAAGCGCCCUCAGCAAGCUGGCUGGAUGCGCAGAUCUCGCUGCCCUUGCAGCUGCCGAGGGACAUCCAGCUAGAGUAUCAUUCUCCCUCCAAUUGGAAGAAAGUUCACUCCCAUCGCCACAUUCAGGCUGCCCCGGUCAGCUUCGCAUAUGGAGAAGGCCCUCUGCAAGAAGAGGAUGCAAAUGUCCUGGCUCACAAGGAAAGGGAAGUCGUUGCAUCCCGCAAAGCAACCAAGGCUGCGCACAAGCAAGCAGCAGAGGAGAGCCUGCGAGUCCGCCUGGCUCGGCUAGCCAAAGAACGGCACGCAGCUAUGCAGAAAGAAGCGCCGGUUCUAUCAGCAGCAGGAAUAGUUGUCAAUCCUGUCAAACCCCAAGCACGAGCAGAACAUCCAAAAGCAGAGACCAAGCCAGGACAACUAGAUCGAACUCAUUCUGUGGAGAGAGACGACAAAGCGAGCGGCCAAGUGGCACUAAAGGGAAGUCGAGAAGCGGAACGAAGACAAGAUCAUCUAGCGCAGAUUGAGCGGAUGCUGGAGAAGCGGUUGCAAGUAGUUGAGGCAAGCGCGGCGGUCGCUGAAAGAGCGCGCUUGUGGCUGCGAGGGAAAACGGAAGAGCUAGCACAGACUGGGGCUCGUGGUCAAUCAGACACAAGCGAGACACACAACGUUCGCCAGGACAAUGAAGUUGGACCUCCUAGUGGAUAUAGCCAGGAAACCAGUCUAGAAGCGAGGCUUGAAACAGAAUUUAGAAGCAGCUUUCGAGAUACAGGAUCAACGGCAGAUACUAGGCAGACGACCAAGUCAGGUGCUCAAGACGACACUCUAUCCUUCUCGCAGAACCCGCUUCCUAGAUCCGUCGUUCCUCACCCCAUUGUUAGGAGCCGAAGUCCUCACGAAACAGAAGUUCUGCGACAGAAGGUAGAGCAUGCUUUCGAGAAUACAGCGGUAGGAGCCCCUCACCUAGACGUUGUGCUUAGUCCAAUCUCCAGCUCGGGGGCAUUCACAUCAGACGACCUGAGGGGUGUGAAAGCACAGGGGCAGUCCGAAGUUGGGAGUCUGGUUAACGAAGUCGGGUCGGAUCUGGGAGUCCUGUCUCUGGAGCACAGCACGGCUUCGGAUGAGGGCGGCUGGUUGGUCGGGCAUCGAGAUUCACGAUUCUUCCAAAGAGAAGCUCAAUCAGAAACGGACGCAGAGCAGUCAGUAGACCGUUCAUGUCCCUCUCAAGGUGUAGUGAGGUCGUCUGAAAAGGCGAAUGGGGUGGAGAGCUUGGUGUCGCCUUCAGAUGACUGGAGCAGCAACCCGGUGGUGACGUCAUGCAGCUUGUCGGGGGUAGCAACCGAUGGGCGGGACAGCGAGAGAGAGGAUCUCAGCCUUCAAAAUGAUCUAUCAGUGCUGCAUUUCUCGGGGGAGAGUCCAGGAGGGGCUGACGUCACAGCGAGCGAGGCUGACGUCACGGCACGCGGGGAUGACGCACAGGAGCAGAUGGGUCAAGAACGAGUCAGGGGUGGUGUGCGCAAGCGCGAGGUGUUUGACGAGCACGGGAUGGGCGGGCAGUUCUUUGCAGCGGUUUGGCGGUCGUAUUCAGAUUGGGAGCGGCAGCAAGGAAAGGGCUGGGCUCGAAAACAGCAGCAAGCGGAGGAGCGGAGGAAAGCCCAGAUUGAUCACGAACGGCAGCUGGAGAGAGAGGCGAGGCUAGCGGCGGAGCGGCGAGUGGACGAGGCAGAGGAACGGAGACUCCUUCAGUCGCGGCAAACGGCAGAAGAGCAGAGACGGGCUCGAGCGGAAGCCGAACGGGCGGAACGUGCGGUUCGAGAGCUGGAAAACGAAAGAUUGUCCAGCGCCAUGCUCGCCAGACUGUCGGAGCAGGCUGCGGCGGCGGGUAUCCAGGUUCCGCCGCUAUGCGGCUGUGCGCACGCCACGUGUCCCCUGAGCCCGCGUUACACGGCGCAGUGCGCGGACAACUGCGAGGUCCGCAGGAGCUGGGACUUCUACCAGAAGACGUUGUCCGACCUGCUGUAUGCGGUUGGUCUGCUUUCGUAA